AUGGCUAACAAAGAUAUGACAUCGGAUCUGCUCGCCAACAUUGACAACAUCGACAAGUCAUCAUUUGCUGACGAUGAUUCUCGACUCGAUGCCCUUCGGAAAGCCGAAGCCCUCGUGCGAAGGCUGGAGAAGCCAUGGGAGAGCACUGUCCGGGUCGUCUGGACGCAGAACGUGAUCAUGAGCGCAAUCCGCAUCGCCGCUGAUCUUAGUCUACUCCAACGUCUCAGCAAAAUGCCGCAGACUCACGCCCAGCUCGCCGAGAAAGUCAACUGCGAAGCUGCGCUUCUCCUUCGCAUUCUUCGCCAACUGACUGUUGGUGGUGUGAUUGAGCAACUAGGCGACGAGGACGCAUGGAUAGAAACAGAGUGGGCGCGAGCAUUGGCGGACCCGGACGGCUUGAUCAACGGCAUCAACUUCUUCUAUGACAUUGAAAUUCACGGUCUCGCGGUGCUGCCUGGCUAUCUUCGUCAAUAG